AUGCAGAUCUUCGUGAAGACCAUCACCGGGGAGACUCUCACGGUUGAGGUUGAGAGCAGCGACACGAUUGACAGCGUCAAGACCCAAAUCCAGGACAAGCAAGGAAUCAUCCGCACCUCCGACGCCAACGACGACCAGCAUCAUCAGCUGCCGUCUCUCGUCUUCGCCGGGAAGCAGCUAGACGAGGAGGACGGUCGAACGCUGGCCGACUACGGCAUUGGCAAGGAGUCGACGCUGCACCUCGCGCUCGGCCUCCGCGGCGGGAUGCAGAUCUUCGUGAAGACCGUCACCGGGGAGACUCUCACGCUCGAGGUCGAGAGCAGCGACACGAUUGACAGCGUAAAGGCCCAGAUCCAGCACAAGCAAGGAGUCAUCGGCACCUCCGACGGCCAUGACGACGACCGGCAUCAUCAGCUGCCAUCUCUCGUCUUCGCCGGGAAGCAGCUAGACGAGGAGGGCGGACGAACGCUGGCCGACUACGGUAUUGGCAAGGAGUCGACGCUGCAGCUCACGCUCGGUCUCCGCGGCGGCUACCCCUACAACGGCCGCGGCUACUACCCCUGGUUCGAGGAGCGCAGCCUCCAGGCGCUUGCGCUCAACUACAACUUGAAGAAGAUGAUCUGCCGCAAGUGCUAUGCUCGCCUUCCUCCGAGGUCCACCAACUGCCGCAAGAAGAAGUGUGGCCGCAGCAGCGACCUGAGGCCGAAGAAAACGUAUCGCUGCUGGUGA